ACCAAAAUGAGUCCCCCUUCUGAUCAGUUAUGUAUGUAGCUGUUAUGUAGUCGGUCGCAACCAGUUCUUAUCCAGUUCUUAUCCCAUUUUUCCUUGGAUGUUUUGACCGAGCAUGGCUUCCUUUAAAUCCGCGCUGGCUUAUUCCACCAGAGCGAUAACGACACUAAGCAAACAGACGCAUUUCAUUUACAUCAAGAGGACUCUCCUCCUGCCCAGACUGCCACUCUUCAAACUUGCAGAAGGAAAGUUUACCUUUGGGCGACUGUCGAGCUCCACAGCAGCCGAAGCAGAGAAAGGAGAAGACUCUUUCCUCAAAUGGUUCCUUCUGCUCAUCCCGGCCACCACCUUCGGCCUUGGUACAUGGCAGGUGAAACGACGUCAGCGGAAACUGCAGCUGAUUAGUGAGCUGAAAAGACUCACUACUGAGGAACCCAUUCCUCUUCCUACUGAUCCUCAUGAGCUGAACAGCCUUGAGUACAGAAGGGUCAAAGUGCGUGGACAGUACGACCACUCCAAGGAGCUGUACAUUCUGCCCCGCUCACCAGUCGACCCAGAGAAAGAGGCCAGAGAGGCGGGCACGCUGUCUUCAAGUGGAGAGACCGGCGCAAAUGUUAUCACUCCGUUCCACUGUACCGACCUCGGCAUCACCAUCCUGGUGAACAGAGGAUACGUCCCAAGGAAGAAGAUAAGACCAGACACCAGGUUGAAGGGACAGGUGGAGGGUGAUGUGGAGGUGGUUGGGGUAGUUAGGCUGACAGAGACCCGCAAACCCUUUGUACCUAACAACGAUGUGGAGAGAAACAGCUGGCAUUACCGUGACCUGGAGGCCAUGGGCAGCGUCACUGGAGCUGAGCCCAUCUUCAUAGACGCAGACUUUGAGAGCACAAUUCCUGGUGGACCAAUCGGGGGACAGACCCGAGUCACACUAAGGAACGAACACAUGCAGUACAUGAUCACAUGGUAUGGCUUGUGUGCAGCAACCUCCUACAUGUGGUAUGCAAAGUUCAUCAAGAAGAUUAAAUUAUGAAAGGAUUACGCAGUGGACAUUGCAAAGCACACUGCUGCAGUAUUUCAUUUGUGCUUCAUCAGUUCCUGCCUGCUGCAAACUGACAAGUGUAUAGUUGUG